AUGUCUGCUGAGCAUAUGGAUUUAAUUGAAGAGUUUUUAAAUGUUGUUGCCUGCGAUGAACAACAAGCUACCUUUUAUCUAGAAGCAAACAAAUGGGAUUUACAAUCUGCCUUGGGUCAAUUCUUUGAAGAUAACCCGGAAGUAGAUGAUCAAGAUGUAACAUCGUCUUCUGACCCUUUUCAAGUUCAAACUGCUGCAACUUCUGGUCCCAGCAGUAUUCUUAACAAGGCUGAAGAACCUGGUUCGAACACUUCAAAUUCGACUAGUUCAAAAAAACCUUCAUUGCCUAGUAGCUCGUUAAAGAAACAUGGUGUCGCUACCUUGGGUGAUUUAGGGAAAGAUCCUGCCGAAGACGAGGAUGACGAAGAUGAACCAGAAAAUUUGUUUGCUGGCGGGGAAAAAUCUGGAAUUUUUAUGCAGAAUCCCGUUACAAAAUCAUCUAGCUCUUUAGUCGGAGAUAUAUUGAAAAAAGCGGCCGAAGGUGGUCGUGGCCCCCAAGAAGAAGAGGAUGCUCCCAAAAAACCUUCGCGGCCAUUCUUCACUGGAACAGGCUAUAAGCUCGGUAGUGAAGAAGAACCAUCAGAAGAAGUUCCCAUUUCACCAACAGCACUUAAUGAAAUGGUUACUGAAGAACCGGUCAUUCGUCAUUUGACAUUCUGGAGAAAUGGAUUCAGCAUUGAGGAUGGUCCUUUGAUGUCUUAUGAUGAUCCGCAAAAUAGUGAAUUCCUUAAAGCAAUAAAUAGCGGUCGAGCACCAUUAUCACAAUUAAAUGUGAAACAAGGGCAACCAGUGGAUAUGCGAGUUGCACGAAAAUUAGAUGAAGAUUAUAAGCCUCCACCUAAAAAACCUGCCAAACCAUUUUCCGGAUCCGGUCAUAGGCUUGGAAGUCCUGUCGGAUAUAUAAUUUCGAGUCCGGAACCUUCAACUACAUCUGCCUCCACAAGCACACCCCCAAUAAGAACUCGACAGCUGGAAAUUGACGAAUCUCUGCCAGUAACUUCAAUUCAGAUCCGUAUGGCCGAUGGAACGAGGAUGGUGGCAAGAUUCAAUCACACUCAUACUGUACGCGACAUUAGAGAAUUCAUAAACGCUUCACGAGUAGGGGAAGUUAAUCGUAAUUACGUUCUUCAGACCACUUUUCCCACUAAAGAUUUGACAGAUGAAACGCUCACUUUGAAACAAGCGUCUCUCGUUAAUUCUAUCAGAAAAAAUAUUCCUAUUUUAAUGGAACACGGACACAGUGCUCGAGUUAGUUCUAAAGUCGGUAACAAAAGAAAGGUGAAGCAAACCACUGCAAAGCAUUUAAAAAAGGCUAAAAAAAUUGAAGAGCACGAGAGUGAAACAGAAACUGAACAACAAAAAUACGAAAGCUCAUCGAAAAAAGCUAAAAAAAUUGAAGAGCACGAGAGUGAAACAGAAACUGAACAACAAAAAUACGAAAGUUCAUUGAAGAAAACCAAAAAAGAAGUUACAAGUGAGCGCGAGAGUGAGAGCGAAAAGGAACAAAAUAAAACGCGAAAAAUUCAACCGAACUUAUCCAAUGAAACUGAAGAGGUAGCGAAACAAAAGCGACAUAAAAACCAAUUGAAAUCAACUAUUGAAAAUGGCGGUAGUAAUUCCGAAAUUCUCAAGGAUAAUGAUAAUAAUGAUAUUGCAUCGCAAGAAGGCACCUCGAUAGCCACCACCGCCGAAGCAUUCAGUUCUGAGUUUGAGACAUUAGAUGUUUCGGACGCAACAAAAAAUGCCAUCAAAGACAUGGGGUUCACGGAAAUGACUGAAGUUCAAGCAAGAACUAUUCCCCCAUUGAUGGCAGGUCGAGAUGUAUUAGGUGCGGCAAAAACUGGUUCUGGCAAGACAUUGGCAUUUCUGAUACCUGCAAUAGAGAUCUUGCACAAACUAAAAUUUAAACCAAGAAAUGGUACUGGUGUCAUUGUUAUCUCGCCGACCAGAGAAUUGGCACUUCAGAUUAUGGGAGUAGCCAAAGACUUAUUAAAAUAUCAUCAGCAAACGUUUGGUAUUGUGAUGGGCGGUGCAAAUCGACCUGCUGAAGCUCAAAAAUUAAGUAAAGGUGUAAAUCUUUUGAUUGCUACUCCGGGACGACUCUUAGAUCAUCUACAGAAUACAAAAGGUUUCGUGUAUAAAAAUUUGAAAGCACUCGUAAUUGAUGAAGCUGAUCGUAUUUUGGAAAUUGGAUUCGAAGAAGAAAUGAAACGAAUUAUUGAUAUUCUUCCAAAAGAGAACCGUCAAUCUAUGCUUUUCUCUGCCACACAAACCACCAAAGUUGAAGAUCUGGCCCGAGUUUCGUUGAGACAAAAUCCAAUAUAUAUUAAUGUCGAUCAACAAAAAGAAACUUCAACAGUAGAUGGCCUUGUUCAAGGCUACGUAGUCUGUGAUAGCGAGCAGAGAUUCUUAUUAUUGUUCACCUUUUUGAAGAAAAAUUUAGAUAAAAAGCUCAUCGUUUUCUUUUCAAGUUGUAAAUCUGUUCAGUAUCACGCGGAAUUAUUAAACUAUAUUGAUGUCCCUGUUUUGGAUUUACAUGGUAAACAAAAACAGACAAAACGCACACAAACUUUCUUUGAAUUUAUGAAUGUGGAACGUGGAAUUCUUUUGUGUACGGAUGUCGCUGCACGUGGUUUGGAUAUUCCGGCUGUGGAUUGGAUUCUUCAGUAUGAUCCACCAGAUGAUCCACGUGAUUAUAUUCAUCGUGUAGGAAGAACUGCACGGGCGGGUGGUAAAGGUCGUAGCUUGCUGUUUCUGUUACCAAGCGAAUUGGGAUUCUUGCGAUAUCUUAAACACGCCAAAGUUCCACUAAAUGAGUACGAAUUUCCCGCAAACAAAAUAGCUAAUGUCCAAUCACAGCUUGAAAAGCUAGUAGAAAAAAAUUAUUAUCUUCACGAGUCUGCGCGCGCUGGAUUCAAAUCAUAUUUAAUGGCGUACGCGUCUUACUCUCUAAAAUCAAUCUUCAACGUAAACAAUCUGGAUCUUGCAAAAGUCGGCAAAUCUUUUGGAUUCCAAGUACCUCCAAGAGUAAAUGUUAGUAUAGGGGCCGGUGGAAAAGCUCCAAAGGCUCAAAGACGUAAUAAUUUUGGAAGUGGAUUCGAUAAUAGUAAAUUAAAGGAUGGUAAAAAACAUUUUGUGAAGCAACGCAAUAGCGCGUUCAAACAAAAUAAUAAUGAAUUACAGUGGAGUCGAUAG